CUACGUCGUCGUUUCCAUACCGGUUAAAGACCCAAACUGGAAACGACCACAAUACAUCGUACGCGCUUCUCUCUCACACACACAAACACAAAACACACGAUUCAGCCCGGAUUGGCCCUCUUCGCUAAUUAGGAAGAUUCCGUUGGCCGAUUCCAAUGAUGGGGGAAAGGAAAUCAGUGUCUGAUCCCCAAUCUAGAACUCGUUGUUCUCAAAAGACACUGGGACGGUGUAACAAUAAUGUUAAAGCUGACAAUAUUGUCCUCAUUGAUCUGGAUAGUGAUACUUUUGAUGAUCCUAUUAUAAUUGAUGUUCCUCAAUCAUAUCCAGUGCCAACUGUUAUCUGCAUUGAUGACGAGGAAGAUACAGAUGAUGAGAGUUCUGCAACUGAUGAAGCAAGUGAUGGCGAAUGCAUCACAUUUUUUACCUCUAAUAGGGUAUCUAAUCCUGCCCCAGACCAUGUUCAAAGCUCGACAGACACAACUGAUGAUGAGUGUCAGUUUGCAGGGGAAAACAUUCCUCCGAAAAGAACAUAUUCUGAGAAAGCUUCUCAAAAAUAUUACUACUGUUUAGAUGAUGAAUCUGACAGUGAUUUGCCUGAUGUUGGCGAUGAUUCUGAUGGAGAGCUCAUGGAGGACUCCUCUGGGAUGCUUCAUAAACAAUGGGAAGAAGCUAAUUUGAAGAAAAAACAUGAUGCCUGCAAUGGUCGUUCUGUCAGAAGUUGUUUACACGAUCUUAGAGAGUCUAACUUUAAUGAAGUAAAAACCUGUAUGGUAAAUCAAAAUCUUCCUUCAACAAGCACCCAAGUACGCAUCAACUCUGAAAUUGAUCUAAUCAGAGGGAAAUCACUCAGUAAUCCAGAGGCUAAUAAGGAUCAGUCGUAUAAUGUAGUUAAGCUUGAUUCACAAGUUGAUAUAGUAGGGGAAUCAUCUGGUAGGUUAGUAUCCAGUUGUGAACAGGACGUUGAAAAUAAAGCGUUGCAUCUUUUUCAAGAAGAAACUACAGGUCGUGUAGGGAGUACAAUUAUCAACGAGAGGGAAAGGUUUAAAGAGACCGAAGAAUACAAAAGAGCAAUGGAGGAAGAAUGGGCAUCUAGACAGCGGGAAUUGGCAAUUCAGGCUGAAGAAGCACAAAUGCAGCGGAGAUUGCGGAAGCGAAAGAAAGCUGAAAGUUUGCGUCUAAUAGACAUGGAAAAAAGGCAACAGCUAAGGCUUGAAGAAAUUCGGGAGACUCAAAAGAAGGAUGAGGAGAAUCUGAACAUGAAGGAGAAACUACGAGCUGAAGUACAAGUAGAGCUUAGCCAUCUAGAAAGAACUUGUUUAAAUAUGGCUACACUUUUACGUAACUUAGGAAUUCAUGUUGAGGGUGGACUCCAUCCUCUCCCAAAUGAUGUCCGAGCAGCUUAUAAACGUGCAGUGUUGAGCUUUCACCCAGAUAGAGCCUCAGGAUCUGAUCUUCGGAAGCUGGUAGAGGCGGAGGAAAAGUUUAAGCUCAUUUCUCGCAUGAAAGAGAAGUUUGCCUAAGAGUUUGGGAUGCUGCUGACUGUUUCUUACUAUUUUUUUUAAAGAAAUUAUCUAUUUUUGCUUGUUUAUAGUUUUUUCGGGUUGUUUUAUUAUAUAGGAAGAAGAUCUACAUGCGUACACCAUUACUCAGUGACAAGAAAUCCAAUGAAUGAAUUGAUUUAUUUUUUCAGUAA